GGGGUUGCCUGCGUCGUUCGGGGUGCUUUGGGCUCGGGUCUUCCCCGUGCCCUCCAGGCCGCCUUCUUGAAGAUUGUUCAGAGAGAAACAGAGGACCUUGGUCGACAGCUGAAACCAAGGGAAAUUCAAACCCUUUAUGAAGCAGAAUAUCACCUC